CAAAGCUCCAGCUCGAGCUUGCACUGCAUACCCACAACACCAGAAGCCCCAUUCAACCCUGGAGCUUCACCUCACACCAAUAUGCUAUUCAAUCGCUUGCUACCGGCGGCCCUCGCGCUGCUGCCGGCCCUCGUCGCCGCCGAGAACGUCGUCGAGCUCACGCCAGAUAACUUCGACGAUAUCGUGCUAAAGUCCGGCAAGCCCGCCCUCGUAGAGUUCUUCGCCCCGUGGUGCGGCCACUGCAAGAACCUCGCGCCCGUAUACGAAGAGCUCGCUACCAACUACCUGCAUGCGAAGGACAAAGUCACCAUUGCGAAGGUCGAUGCGGACGCCCACAAGAGCUUAGGCAAGAAGUUCGGCGUCCAGGGCUUCCCAACACUGAAGUGGUUCGAUGGCAAGAGUGACACACCCAAGGAAUAUGACAGCGGACGGGACCUCGACAGUCUGGCAAAGUUCGUGCAGGAGAAGAGCGGUGUGAGGGCAAAGGUCAAGGCCAAGCUUCCGAGCCAGGUCGUCAUUCUGGAUGACAAGAGCUUUACGGAGAAAGUCGGAAAGGACCAAGAUGUGCUCGUUGCUUUCACGGCACCCUGGUGCGGACACUGCAAGAAUCUCAAGCCCGUCUGGGAACAGCUCGCCAACACCUUCGCCAACGAGCAGGGUGUCACCAUCGCUCAGGUCGACGCGGAAGCCGAGAACAGCAAGGCGCUCGCCAAGGAGCAAGGCGUCUCGUCAUACCCCACCAUCAAGUACUUCAAGAAGGGCACCACCGAGCCUCUUCCCUACGAGGGCGCCCGGGCUGAGGCCGACUUCGUCGAAUUUCUUAACACUAACGCUGGCACUUACCGUGCUGUCGGUGGCGGCCUCAACGCUAUUGGUGGCACUAUCGAAGCCCUUGACUCCAUCGUCACCAAGUCCAAGGGUGCCUACGCCAGCGGUCUCGAGGAGGCUAGAAAGGCUGCCGAGACCCUCAAGGACAAAUACGCGCAGUACUAUGUCAAGGUGUUCGAGAAGAGCAGCAAGAAUGAGGGCUACGCCGAGAAGGAGUACAAGCGCCUGCAGGGUCUCAUUGGAAAGGGUAACCUCGCUGCUGAGAAGCUCGACGACUUGAUCAGCCGGAGCAACAUUUUGAGGAGGUUCCUCCCAACUGGUGAUGAGGACGAGAAGAGCGAGUUGUAGAGCAACAACGAUAUUACUAAGCCAGCCGUGCUGGCAGAAACGAAGGGAGAGGUUUGGAGCAAAGGGGGAGAUUGGACGGUGACUGGUGCAGGGUGCGAUUAACAGCGGCGCUGUGCCGCACGCGAAAACAUCUACAUCUGUAGCGAAAAGCUGCUGUGCAGCGGUCUCAAGACCUGAUACAUUGGCAGAGAGUUGGGUCUGCCCCAGACCUCGGGGAGCAUUUUUACCAGAUAGAAUGCGGAGUGCCUACGAUUGAACGUAUAACGUAUCGAAUCAUUACAAGGAAUUCUUCC